UUGGGUGAGAAGGAGAUCAUGUCCCGUCCGACCAUGGAUAAACACACUCAAGAAAGGAUCAACAGAACUCGGGAAAGAAGUGAUAAAAUCAGUGCACUGAUGGGACAAUAUUUGUUAAAAGGAUAUCGAAUGUUGGGAUCCACUUGUGAUGUUUGUGGGAAUGUUCUUCUGAAGUACCGUGACCAAUCAGAUUAUUGUGUAGCUUGUCAAGAAGUUGAUGCACAGCCUACAGAUCCCAGUGAUCAAGGUGGGCUGCCUGUGGUCCAGCCAACACAGCAAGAUUCUCAUGAGACUAGCAGGGUUCCAUCUAAUCCUGUGGACUCUUCUGUUAACAAAAAUGCUGUUGCCAUAGCUACCCAGGCUGUGAAUGCUAAGAUAGUUUGGGCCAGUGAAGCACUGUCCAGGUGUCAUUCUACAGGAGAGUGUCAGCAACUCUGUGAACUGCUCAAGACAUGUGCAGAGACACUGAAAGUACUGAAAGAAAUUCAAUAGUAAAUGAAGUACUUUUGAAUGUGGAGUCAUUCAAGAUUCUAACCUGGAAAUGAUAAUGGAGGUUUUGUGGUGUCAUGACGAUAUGAUCAUGUGUGCUGAAGCCAAGAAUCUAGAGGGGGUGCAGAGGUAUUCUCUCAGGGAAAAACUAAAUUUAAAGGAUUGUACGAUGCCAUCUCCAGAAAUUUGAAACUUCUAACGAUUGCAAAGCUCGUAACAAAUGGAGGCAGUCCCAUGGCUUAUCGGGUCCAAAACACUGCGAGAUCUUGCCAUGAUGCUGGCCCAUAGGAUGAAAAAGAGCCCAAGAUACCGCAGAAAAACGACCAAGGUUUUUGACAAGAAGAAGAAUACUGCAGCAAGGAAACAAGUUGUUCCUUUACCAGAGGGACGUCACCAUAAUCGGGGGAAUAUUAAGCGAAAACGUGAGACGGAGAUGAUGGGUGAAAACGGCUGGUUUACGGCCAAAAAGGUUGUGAUUUCUGAGUUACAGAUGCAUUCCCGGUUUUCAAGAAGAUGUGUGUUUGAGGCCAAAUGACUGUAGCAAUUAGGUAUAUUUAAACCUCGUGAAUCGAUCUUCACAAGUUAUUAGCAUUUAAAUUCAUACAAGAAGAAAAAGAGAAGCCUUUACCUCAAACAAAUUAAAGUAUCUACUGGAACGUGAGAGUUAGUACUAAUUGGAAAAAGCCCUCUCACACUUUGUCCUCAUCGGAAAUCAAGGGACACAAUACUCCAUGAAGCUUGUUACCAGCCGCCUUCAUCAAUUGCUCACUUUCAAAGCUGGGAAUUUUUGUGAUCCGAGACCUUAAACUACGUUGUUUCUUCCCAUGGCAAAACAAAGAAAACACUCAGUACUAUAGAAUGUCGAGAUUUACGAUCUUGAAUACUGCUUAACGUAACAAAAUCUUAGUAUAGCCCAUCCCAUGGGAUGUUGAGGUUUUUUUUUCACAUCGUAAACGACAGUUUCUUUUUCAUCAAAAGGACAGUAAAAGCAAUGCCAAAUAGUGUUCUUGUCUAGUAAACGUAAGAACAAACUUUAAGCACCAGUCUCCAAAACAUAAAUUAGGCCGCUUUGGGAAAAUCGUUUCUACAUCGACGGCACGGCCCUGGCAGAUGUGUUAGGCAUAGACAAUUUUGAACGGAAUUCUGUUUUGGAACGCUUCCGUUUGUUUUCAGAGGAUCUCCUCCGACUUCGGACUGCGCGGUGGAAACUUGUCCAAUAAGGUUCCUUUUUUCUCCUUGAAAACCGUUCAGUCACAGAUCCAUAACCCGGUACGUGUUCAAUAAAAUCUUACUGCU